GGGGGUAAGAGUGUGAACAAGAGAGAGAAGAGGCGUUCUCUAACAGAAAGAGGUAGAGGAGAGGAAAGCAACAUAGUUGUUUUCUAUCUCCGUGGAUCUCACACAGAGUUGUCUCACCACAAGAGAGGGAAUAUUUUUUUAAUUUUUCUUCUGUUCAUGUUAUCACCACUGAUCAUACAGAAUAAAUACCUUGUGAAACUGGGAUUUUCUUCAAUCUGAACUCAACAGUAAAACAGAUUUAAUCUCAGACUGAUUAUUCUGACGGGACUCGUUCUAUUUGGAUCCUACUAGUUAUCUGGUGUGGAUAUCAUACCAGUCUGUCUCUGAGAUGGGGUCCAGAACUCUUCUACUUGUUCUGGGUCUUCAUUUCACUCUUCUGGGGAACCAAGAGGCCAGAGAUUGCGGCCUGGGCUUCAUAGCCAAAGGGAGUCAACAAUGUGAUGAUAUAGAUGAGUGUAAAGUGUUGGACAGUACCCCACCCUGUGAAAGUACUGCCAUGUGUUACAACACACAGGGAAGCUUCUACUGUCAGUGUCAACCUGGGUUCAAAUCCACAACGAAUGGCGGCUUUACUCCUCUCACUGGGAAGUGUAGCGACAUCGAUGAGUGCCAAGAUACACCUCAGUUUUGUGGCAGCAACGCCAUUUGCCUCAACACCAUUGGGAGCUACCACUGCCGUUGUCAACCUGGGUUCAGAUUCUCUAAUCACACUGUGCAAUACUGAUGGAAAGUCCAAUAUCCAGUUUUCUGAUGAGUUGACCAAUGAUUUUGUCACGUCUGCUCCUGCUCCCCCUCUCUGACGCUCGAGGUUGCCAGGCGACUCAUCAUUACUCACACCUCUCACCAUCGUUACGCGUCCCAGCGCUUCAUCGGACUCACCUGGACUCCAUCACGUCAUUGAUUAUCUACCCUAUAUCUGUUACCCCCUCCAGUUAAUUUUUCAUGUCUGCAUUGAUGUUGUUUUGUUUCUCCUGUCCAGACGCUCUUCCUGUUUUUCAUGUCUGUUAAUCCAUUAAAUAUUCAUUCCCUGUACUUACUUCUCGUCUUCCAGCGUCUGACAUCACAGAGCCAUUACAGAUUGUGUACAUUUCCUUUUUAAAAACUUGCUGAAGCAUUUGACUUAGGAUAACAGUUAGUGAGACUGUAGUUAUAUACAGUAUAAAGAUACCUGGAUCCGGCUGUUUUUUCAUUUGUUUUUAUUUAAAUUUAACCUUUAUUUGACUAGACAAGUCAGUUAAAAACAAAAUGUUAUUUACAAUGAUGCCCUAGGUAGAGUGGGUUAACUGCCUUGUUCAGCGGCAGAACAACAUGUAUAUUUUCUUUCAGCUCCGGAGAUUCGAUCUAGCAACCAUUCGGUUAUUGUCCCAAUGCUCUAACCACUAGGCUACAUGCCACCCCUUAGGAUACCUAUCUCCUCUCUUGGGUAGGGGGUAGUAUUUUCACCUCCUGAUGAAAAGCAUGCCAAAGUAAAUUGCCUGUUACAUAAUCCCAGAAUUUAGGAUAUGCAUAUAAUUAGUAGAUUUGGAUAGAAAACACUCUAAAGUUUCCAAAACUGUUAGAAUAAUAUGCCUGUGAUUAUAACAGCACUGAUAUGGCAGGCAAAAACCUGAGAAAAAUCCAUCCAGGAAGUGGAAUUGUUUUCAUGUGGCUGUUCUGGUUUCAAGCUUUUAUUUUGAAAAAUGAUGUGUUAAAAGCCAUUUCAACAGUUUUAACAAUAGUUAUCAAGGUGUCAUACAAGGAGGGAAAAUGUUGCUGUCUGAAGAGGUAGCAUUAAAUUGUACACAGCAUCUCCUCUCACUCAGGUGACUGUGACCUCCUCCUCAGACCAAUUGACAGUACGCCCAGAACAUUGUUCUGGAAACCAAAAUGAGUAUCUCAGUUUCAAGGUCCCAGAUUUGAAAGAAGAACCCUUGUUAGUUAUCAGUCACUCAGUCACUUGCAGGAACCAACGUUGCAUAAUGAAUCAUGUAAAUCAUGCUUAUAUGAAUUGUGUGGAUAGCCGUAUAUCAGAGAACUAACGGGACUGUCCCGGCAGAGCUCCUGACCGAUGUGAACUAUGCAUGGUGUUUGUUGGAACCUCUCCAGCUUGCUGAUAAUAAAGAAUGAUUCAUUUAAGUUUGA